ACCUUGGCUACCAGAAUGGAGGGCCCUAGUGGGACCCUUUUGGGGGGGCAGGAUGAGGCAAAUGAGGGGACCCUCACAGACCCAGAGUGGGGUUGCUUCUAGCUUCUGGGGUGUCUCACGGUGCGAGUGCGAAUCCUAAACAAGUGUAUUGGAAACAGUGUGGUUUGGCCCUUCCAGGAUUUUGGGUGUCCAGCCUUGCAGGGCUGUUGUUUUCUGAGGGUGGACUAUAUGACCUUUGGGCUACAUUUGGGAAAGUUCUUUUUGUCAAUGGCGGGAGAAGGCCUGCAGCAGGAUCCGUUUGGGGGUGACCUCCUCACAGUGAGGAGACUGCUCCUCUCUUCGAGGCUGAAUGGGAAAGGAAGGCCGUUUGGGGAAGGAAGAGGAAAAACAAGAGGACAAAACGGAAGGAACCAGAUGCUUUCCCUCUUCCCAUCAUGCAUAGCGCGGCCUCAUUUGCGUGGCUCCGCCCCCGGUGAGUCUGGUUGGCGGCUUUAUCCUCCCGGCCCAGAGGAGGGGGCGCGUUGCUAGGGCAACGGGGCUUGUUUGGCUGCACGUGGAUUGCAGUGACGUCAUCAGGAGGCGCCCGGAAGUUUCCCGCGUGGCUAAAAGGCCCCCAAGGAGGGCUGUCAUUCCGGCUGCCUGAGUCUCCGUUCAGCAUGGCUCUCUUUCUGAUCCCCAGGUACACCGGCGGCGGAGAAGAAGGAGAGGGAAAUGGCCCAGGAAGCCAUUCACAGGCGCUGCUUCAGCGCCUUCAAGAACGCGUCCGGACGCGGGAGCUGCAGAAAGCGCGGCCCAAAGGCGCUGUUUCCAUGAAACCCAGCCGUCUGGAGGGCGAGGCGUUGCGGCCGGAGGACAAAGGCGGUUCAAAGGAGGCGUCUGGAAAGAAAAGGCAGCAAGAACGUGACGGGUCCCCUUUACGCAAAGUUUGCAGAAAGAGGAGGAAGAAGAAGCAACAGGAAGAUGAAAGUUUGUUAGACACGGAUGGAGGGAGUGAUCGAGAAGACGAUGAAACAGACACAAAAGAGAGAGACUGUGCCAGAGACAAAGAGCUAGAAAAAGGAGAGGAGCGGUCCGUGCCGGUGCUGAGUCCGAACACAAGUCCCCCUCCCACUCCUCCCAGCUUGACCGUUCUUGGCCAAUGCAGCUGGAAGCCGGUGCAGAAGGUGAAGCCCCUCCUGCCUCCGUGGCUCAAUGAACCCCAGCUGCUGCAGCGAAGGAUCAAGGAGAACCUGGUCCCGCUCUGUCAGGUCCCCGAAAUUCACCCUAAAUUGGUGAAGAAGCUGCAAGCCAACGGGAUAGAAUCCCUUUUUCCAGUCCAAGCGGAGGUGAUUCCAGCCAUUUUGGCCAGUGUGUCCAGGGGCUUCUUGACCGGAAGGGGUGGCUACCAGCCCAGUGACGUCUGUGUCUCGGCUCCCACUGGCAGCGGGAAGACCCUUGCCUUCGUCAUCCCAGUGGUCCAGGCCCUUUUGGACCGAGUCGUCUGCCAAGUCCGGGCGCUGGUGGUCCUGCCCACAAAAGAACUGGCCCAGCAGGUGAGCAAAGUCUUCCACAUCUACACAGACGGAACGGGGCUGAAAGUGGCGCAACUCACCGGCCAGAAACCCUUUGCCAAGGAGCAGGAGUUGCUUGUUGAGAAAACGCCGGCUGGGUUUCGCAGCCUGGCGGACAUCGUGGUGGCCACUCCGGGCCGCUUGGUGGACCACCUCCAGCAGACGGCCCCCUUCAGCCUCAGGCAGCUCCGGUUCCUGGUCAUUGACGAAGCCGACCGCAUGAUCGAUGGGAUGCACCAGAACUGGCUGGAGCAAGUGGCGGCAGCUGUGCACCGGCCGGAAGAGGGAGCCCAUCAUCCACAGCUCUUCGCUCGGACGCAGCAGGCACCCCUCACGGCUGCCAGGGCCUCCGUCCCUCAGCUGCCCUUCCAGAAGCUUCUCUUCUCGGCCACAUUGACCCACAGCGCAGAGAAGCUGCAACCCCUCGGACUCUUCCGCCCGAGACUCUUUGCCCCGGCCUCAUCCUCCAGGGAGGAAGAGGAAGUGGAAGGGCUCGCUACCCCAAAGGAGGAAGAGGAAGAGGAGAAGAAAUACACGCUCCCAGAAGGUCUCUCGCACUAUUUUGUCCCCUGCAGCCUGAGGUGGAAGCCACUCUUCCUGUUGCACUUCCUUCUGCGGCUGAAGUUCUCCCGGGUUCUCUGCUUCGUCAACAGCAGGGAGACCUCCCACAGGCUUUUCCUGCUGGUCAAGGCCUUCGGAGGGGUCAGCGUGGCCGAAUUCUCCUCCCGGCUGACACCCAGCCAAAGGAAAGGGACGCUGAAGGACUUUGAGCGAGGGAAGAUCCAGCUGCUCAUCAGCACGGACGCCACGGCGCGGGGAAUCGACAUCGCGGGGGUGAAGUGCGUGAUCAGCUACGACGCGCCUCAGUUCAUCCGGACCUACGUCCAUCGGGUGGGCCGCACGGCUCGGGCCGGGAGAGCCGGACUGGCCUUCACGCUCCUCCUGAAGCAACAGGAGACCAAAUUCCUGCGGAUGCUGAGAGAGGCGGGACUUCCUCCACUGGAACGGCAGCUGGUCCAGAGCAGCCAGAUUCGAACUCUCCUCCCGGGCUACGAAGAGUCCCUGGCUGCACUCCAGGCAGCCGUCAAGGUAGCCGCGGUCGGAGGAGGUGGCCGUCCAUUUCGGAGAACCAUCGGGAGGGCUGCUGGGAUGAUGGGGCCUGCUCCAUGAGGAAGCCUUACACAGCUCAGGCUGUUGGACUCCAUCUCCCAUCA